GUCACAUUAUCAAAAAUUUACAGUACUUGAAAAACUCGGUUCUCAAUUAUGAUUCAAUCAGGUCCGAAAGUUUACAAAAUGAAUGUUAUCGUCUCCCCUUUGAAUUCAGAACCCUCUCCUAACGUAAAAGAAACGAUAAUAACGAAACGCGAUUGCAGUUGGAGGAUAAAGCAGUUAGCGAAACCUUCAAAAAUUACCCCCAAAUUUUCUGCAACCACUUACAAACUUCGACCGAAAAAUUAUAUUCUUGAGUAUGAAACCAUAGAUCAUCCAAAUAGGAAGCCAUUAUGGACAAUAGAAAAAAAUGAUAAAGAAGAAAAUCCAUCUAAGAAAAAAUAUAAUUUGGAAGUAUUAGGUGGAAAUGGAUAUGAUUUACGUCAAUGAUAUCAGUGUUGAAUUAAUAGAGAGAUGAUGUAUCAAAUGUAGAACAAAUUUAUUAAGUUUUAUUAACAAUAGUUCAAUGUUUUUGCAAUAAAAAUUAUUUUUUCUGUUAUA